AUGAAUUCUAGAAUGUUCCAUUCACCCCGCUCUACAGAAGCACCUAUGGACUUUCAGUUCACCUCGAGGCCCAAUACAACGCCAGUUUGGAAAUCAGGCGACGAUCUUAGCACACCGCGCAAAAGGUCACAUGAUGAUAUGAAUCCAUCCACACCAGCAAACUCAUCAUCUUUCGGUUUCGGCGCAAAUCGCAAUAUUCCUUUCAUCUUCGCAACACCGUCCCGACAGACUCCUGAGCCAUACUCCUGGGCUCCUCCACCCAAUGCUUCGCCGGCUACAUCAUUUCCUUCGCCAUCUUUGAACGAGAUUAAAGAUGUUGACAUGUCAGAUGCCAGUCCAGCCAAAUUAGAGGAAGAAUUCAAGUCGAAUAAUGACCGAGCUGUGGCUACCGGGGCCCUACGGAGAGUGUACAGAGCGCGCCACAAGACUCCCCAAGGGAAAAGAUUCGCUUCCAUGCGUGACCGGGAUUCAGAUAAUGACCCUACCGUCAGUGAUGACGAGGACGAACACGCAUUGAAUUUGUCGAAUCAAAAUACUUCCAACCAUUACACUCUGAACGUCUCACCAGCCUCGUCCCCUUCUGAUAUGCCUUAUGUGUUAUUAGGUUAUUUACAGUUUUUCUUCAACCUUUCGUUGAUUUUAGUCUUCCUUUACCUGCUAUUGCAAUUCAUUCUCACUGUGCAACGUGAUGUGGAGCACCGGAUAUCGGAGUACUCAAUGGAUAGCGUACAGGAAAUCGCAAGAUGUUCCCUGCAGUACCGAAACAAUUAUUGCGAUAACCCCGCAAUGCUGGCACCGGCUCUUGUUCAUCAGUGUGGUGAAUGGGAGCUGUGUAUGAAUCGAGACCCUACCAAAAUUGGACGUGCCCGCAUCGGGGCUGAGCUUAUAGCAGAGGUCGUAAACGGAUUUGUUGAGCCCAUCAGUUGGAAAACCCUUACUUUCACAUUGACUUCGUUGUCUUUCUUAACUGUCUUCAUCAACACUCUUAUAUCACUUUACCGUUCCCGACAUCGCGCUUUACCUGAGGCACAUCAAACUCAACCUCUUAUGAAUGGGGCUCCGUAUGACACGCAUCAAUACGGACUACCACCUGCAAACACCCCGGCAUGGGCGCGAAAUUGGAAACGGAAUGAUGACGAUGAUCAGACACCAAGUGCAAGGCGUAGAAGGUUAGGAAGCGGUAUUUCCGUAAAGGUCAAAUGA